UUUCUAGAAUGUGCUAGAAAGAUCAAAAUGACUGAAAACGAACCUUCAAGUUCAACAACCCUCCAAUCAGACCUAAUUGGUGCUCGGGUUGCAGAACUGAAAACAGACGGUAAAGAUAUACGUGAAAACUACAUCCAAACAUUUCAACCACUACCCAAACAGAAUCCUGAACAACGAUCUGUCUAUUACCCGGUUAUGGUGCCACCAUUGCCGAUAUCUAAAUUCGUCGAUAAAAUUGAUUGGAAAUCUGUCAACAAGGUCAAGAAAUCAAAGCCAGAAAUUAAGAAAUACUGUGAAGAUAUUAAAGAUAACCAAGAUGGGUUUGAGGCUGAGGUUAAGGUUUUUAGGGUUCUUGAGAGAAUGAAGCAACGUGAGGAAAUCAUAGUACUUCAAAGUUUGGAAUACCUUCACAGUGAUUACCAGAUUUUCGUUGGAGACCAUUCAUAUAUAAAAGGCAAGAAAGAAGGGAAACCAUGUGAUCGAGACGACAAUGUUAAAGAAGGGGAGUGUGACUUCGUCAUAAUGGGAAAAAAAUAUUUCGUUAUUAUUGAAGUCAAGAAAAACAAAUCUGAUCUGGGGUAUGGAAAACUUCAAGCGAGUCGAACAGAAAAACUUAUCCUGGGGAUUGCUGAAAUGUUAGGAAGUGUUAUCCCUCCAGUAUUCAAGGUUGUUGUUGCACCAAAUGAAUACAAGGAACCAGCUUAUAAUGACGAGAAAUUCCGCCGUUGGUGGAAGAAAAACAUCACAGACAAAGCUUCUGAAAAACUACAGUGUCCUGAAACAUUUGAGGAGACCAAGAACAUCCUUCUCGCUUUGCGGGCUAACAAGGAUAAUAAAUGGGAUAAAAGGAGAUGUUCUUUGGGAUGGAAUAUCCGAGAUAUUGAUGAGCAGUUGAGGAAUGCAAUUGUCACGUGUGAGAAAAAGGGAGUGAGAAAUGUUAAUUCAAAUCCUGGUGUAGUAGAAGCUCCUCCUUACGUUAGAGAUUUUGUCGGUAUCAAAUAUUUGACUGCUGAACAAGACAAUACAUUAAAAUCAAAAGAAAAGUUGAUGUGGAUAAAUGGACCGGCUGGGACUGGUAAAACAGUUAUAAUGUGCGGUAAGAUUCUACAGUUAGCGUUAUCUUAUAAGAAGAACAAGAUCGUGGUCAUCACAUUUGCUGGUGAAGGUAAUAAUGCUAACUUGUAUGAAACUGCACUGGGUAACGCAAGGGUAAGGUAUCAGACGAUCACGGGUGAAUUUCAAGACGGCUGGUUCACAGGAGUUGACGAGACAAUAAAUGCAGAAAGUAGAAUUAAGGAACUCUACCAAGUUGUUAUCAUCAAGAUAGAACCAGAAUUUAUCAAUGCCCCGGGACAUGUGGAAAAGAUAUCGAAUCUGAUGGCAUCUCAAACGGACAGUAGUGUAUUUAUAGACGAUAUGCAGGUUUUCAUGAACUAUUUUUCUUACUUUGACGUUACGCUGCGAGAUUUUAUUGUUACUCUAAGAAAGUUAUCUGAUGAACAACACAUGUGGGUAGCAUGUGACAUGAUACAGUCUCUAUGGUAUCUGUAUUAUGGCGAACAGAAUUAUGGCGAACAUUUAGCUGAACUGGCGUUGUUGUUGGAUGAGCAGCGAGUUUAUUUGUAUAAAAACUUGAGGAACACCUACGACAUAUCAAUUGUUUUAGAAAUGUCCAGGGAUUUACAUACUGCAAAAAGCGCUGCGAGAGCGAAAUUGUGCCCAAAACAGGAGUAUGGACAUUUCAUACAUGGACCAUUAAUUACGAUACAUUUUAUGGAGGGACUCUGUUGCGAUUCCAGUAAAAUAUUGAUGAAAGACCUUUUGAUAAAUGAAUUUAAGAUGUUAUUGAAGACAAAUGAUUUAGAUUAUACUGAUAUAGGAAUAAUAUACUACGACGAUUAUGGUUUUAUGAUUGCACAGACUGCUGUAGAGACUCUGAGAACUGAAGGUUACGAAAUGAUACCGUGUAAGUGUUGGGAUUGCUAUUCAAGUGAGUGGCCUGCUGUUAUUGCGGUGCUUGAAUUGGAGGGAGAUAAGGAUCAUGAUCUGCGUGUUCUUUACACCGCAAUAUCACGAGCACGGGUUAAGUGCUCUGUUCUGAUACUACACCACCCGUUAUCAUCAGAUGAAGAUAGUUUAGAUAGUACAGAUAGUGAAUAUUAUAAUGAAGCAGAUGAUAACAUUUACCGUUUAUUAGAGAAAUUGGAGCCUGUAGCUCGCUUGAUAGAACAUUAUUAACUUUAGUUUUGUAGUAGAUAUGUUUGAAGUUACUUACUAAUGUUACUGGGUUUUACGUAUUAUAUUGACUGAUAUUGUAUUGUUUAAAUGAUCAUCACAUAAUAACUUUCUCAUAUAAAUUAUACAAUGUUCUUGAGUCGAAAGUAUCGAUAGUACUUUAGUAGAAUUACAUACUGUUUCUACAAUACAGGGCUUGCAAAGCAACUGUAGGAAUACGAAAUAUUUGUAAGCAGUUUGCUUAACAUGCCUAGUUUUGUAGUCCUCAGUUUAGGUUUUAUUUCACAUUUUAAUAUUUAAUUCAUCGUUUUUUUGCCACUUUUAUUUUAAUGUUAUCUCACGUUUCUAUUUCAUAUUCGUACAUUUACUUUCUUAUCUUUAGUUCGUUCGGCCGUUUGUUUAUUUAUCACAUUUUUACGAGCCCUAUUUUAGAGAUAAGGGAGAGAUUUUGGGAAAUAGACACUUCUGUAAAUGUAACCGGGCAUUCGUCGGGUUUUGAGUUAUAAAGUUUUCGACCGUUAUACGAGAGCGUUUUAUUUGGUACAGUACACUAAAUUUAAGUCUUGUUUAAAAUACAGACUCCGGCAGCCUUCCACCUUUCUUGUUUUUAAACAGACUGAGUCACCACAUCGCAGCUCACCGGAGUUCACUGUCAGAUCUACGUGCAGCCACUACCGCGAGUUGCUGAGUCCUCAUCUCCUCGUUUACCGGGAGUUUAAAUAUUAGGUUUGUAUCUUGUUUCAGACAGGUGCAUCCGUAGCUCGUUUUAUACAGUUGCGUUUA